AUGGCAGAGACUGCAGGAGGGCGUUUUAUUCCCGUGUGUUGCUCAUCAUGUAACGUCUGUCAGCAUCCUGCACCGGCACUGCGUGACUGUCAGCACUGUGCGGUGCGCGUCUGCUCCAGCUGCUGGGAUUCCCAUUAUGUUAAGGUAGUCACUUCCGUGACCGAAUCAAUACGUGUAUUGCUGGAAAAGAAAAAAGACUUGGAGGAGGUACGCAAUUUACUGAAGGCAAGAUCCCAUGGUGAGGCGUCUCACCUGAGGAAGUUCAUUGAGCAGGCGACGUUGGUGCUUAGAAAUGCCUGCAACAAGUCGUUAAACCUCAGUACUGCGAAUUUAAACAACCUUUUCGCCGAGCAUCGGGCCAGAUUGAAUGCCUCCAAAGGGGCCGUUUGCAACAUAAGAGAGCUUAUAAAGAAAUAUGCUGGGCGAAAACAGUUAAUCCCUCUGAUGACAUUAGAUACUCUGUUGGAUAUGAGGGAUGCGCUAGAAGGUGUAAGUAGUAUUGCGAAACGUACCUCUGAAGGGUUGGAUGCAUGCACGAAGAGACCGAAUUUACGUGUUGAUCGCUCUUUAACUGGGGCGCUUGACACCUUAUCACUGAUUGAUGUGGCACAUCAGGCAGAGAGCAAGCAUCGACGCAGCAUACGAUCUUUAAAUAAUGAUUGGAUUAAUAAUCCGGAGUCCUUUCGUGGCUAUUGGUUAGGUGGUGUUGCUCUCAGGGAGUGUCCUGCGUUGGAUUGCAAAUCAGUCUUCUUCGCAAAUGUUCGUUCCUAUAACCUUCGAACUUUUGUGCCUUCACGGCUUCCGAAGAACAUUAACUAUUCCAAGCACACCCAUCUUCCUAUCCUUCUUAUCGUCGCCUCUGAUAACCAGAUAUCAGAAGAUGCAAGGCUUGUAAUCUCCGUUGUGCAAUCCCUUCGGCUUGCUGCUCAUCCUCUAAAUCUGGUGCCUUUCUUCUCCCAAGUACACCGACUCAUCCGCGCAAAAUUGUUUCAAAUGGUCAUAUUUGGAAACUUCUUGAUUUACUUCAGCCUUCCUGCUGUGGUUAAACUGGCUCUUGAUGACUACUGCAAUACUAAUCGCGUGGUAUUUAUUGCUUUCUUUCAAAACGCACACACCUUGAGAGGCACUCCUGGCAACGACGACUUUGCCAUGUAUCACAGUCCUCCACUGUUGGAGCAGGGGUGGGUGGGUGGACGGAUACGGAAAGGAUUAGGGAAAGGUGGUCAAACAGUGCUUGUACUUCUAACAUCCUAUGAUAGCACUUUUUGA